AUGGUCGAAUUAUCUGUAAUUUCUCAUUUCGUCAAUGCAGUAAUCUAUCAUAAUGACCUUCUCUCUUCACUUCGAUAUUUAAUUAAUGCAUUGGUAACUUGGAAAGGAAAGGAAUAUACAUUCCAAGAAUAUUUGGGAUUAUUGAGAAUCAUUGACCUUUCGAGUAAUAGAUUGAUUGGAGAUAUUCCCAUGGAGCUUACAAAUCUUGUGGAAUUAGUUCAAUUGAACUUGUCAAGGAAUAAUUUGAGUGGAUGCAUACCAGAGAAUAUUGGCAACUUAAGUAAACUAGAAGCACUUGAUUUCUCCCACAACAGUUUUACUGGCAAAAUUCCUAUUGGCUUGGGGGAAGUAUCUUUCUUGCAAUACUUGGACCUUUCGUAUAAUCAUUUGUCAGGAAGUAUCCCCACAGGUACUCAAUUACAAAGUUUCGAUGCUUCUUCAUAUGUUGGAAACGAUAAAUUAUGUGGACUUCCUCUUUUGGCUGAAUGCGAACUAGUUCGUCCAGUUUUCAAGGGUGAUGACCCUCAUGAUUUAGAUUUUGAUGAUCAAAGAUGGUUUGACAUGUCAUGGUUUUACGUUGGAAUCGAAGUUGGAAUUGCUCUCGGUUUUAUUGGAGUUUGUGGAGCUUUGUAUCGAAACUCAUUCUUAUUGGAUGCUUGCUUGUGUUUGGGGUGUUUUAAUCAAUUUGGAGAUUGGCUUUAUGUGGUGAUUAACAUUAGAAUUUCUAAAUUGAAGACAUACCUUCAAAGCUAG